AUGUCGCGGCCAAUUCCUACACUUCGUAGAAAGGAAAUUAUCUACAAAAAAACUUUUGUGGAUACUGUAAGUGCAUUUGAUAUUUCAGGGAUUCAGAACAAAAAUUUUUCUAGCAUAAUAGUCGAGUCGAUAGAGCUAUCGAAAAACCAUUUGUAGUUCUUCGAAGAAACCCAGAGUAUCAAGAGAGACCAGCAUCAGUUAUUAUUAGGGAAACUAUCAUCCCUGAACAGGUAAAAUUCGGUUGAUCUCAAUAAUAUGUUGUUUGAAUAAUUUCAGCAUUAUGUUCCAAGUUAUGAGAAACAACCUGUUUAUGUUCAAGUGGUCAAAGAUCAAACAGGUCCACUUCAAAACUAUUCUGCUCCAAAGGUUUUUAUUUCAUUUUCAGUAUGAAAAUCAUUACACAUUCUAAAUUUCAGGAUGUUUUAUACGAAAUCAAUUCGAAACUUGACAAUAUUUUGGAACAAAUAGAAAAUAAAACAUCAAAGGUCGCAAUCUUUUUCUUUUCUCAAUUUCCGAAAAAAAGUGUGAAAUUUCAAAUAUUUGUUCUUUUUUUCAGAAAACCAAGAAACAAUUGAACACGAAUGAAGAAUUGGAAAACGAAAAAAAUGUUUGUUUUUUGUACAUUCUCCGAAAUCAAACUCUGUCUAAGAAGUAAAAAAAUAUUUUUAGAAUAAAGAUGGUGUUCCACAAGUAAUUGCGUUGAAUGAAACAGUGGGAAAUUUGACGAAGGAACACUUGACUUUGAAAGAAAAAUUAAAUAGUUCGAAUUUUGUUGGGCAAGAGAGUAUUGAUGAAAUUUUGGUGAGAUUUACAAAUACCAUAUUAUUUAAGAAACAACAUCAAAGAUAACUUUCAGAAAGUGAUCAAUGAUACCAGAUUGGAUAUCGAGGAAAAAAUCUCAAAUUUGAAGCAAUUAAGUGAUGGAAACUGGAUUCAUUUGGAUGACAAGAUUGAUAGUUUCGAGAGAACUCAGAAUGGUAUUCAAGUUCAAAUCAACGAGCUCAUGAAGAUUCUGACAAGUUUGUAUUCAUCAAGAUCUUCUUCAACGAUAAGUCGAACAGCAAGAUCUAGAUCCGAUUCAACUCUGGUUGAAACAAUUUGUUCUUCAAAGAAAAAUAAGGAAGUCAAAAACAUCCCAGAAACUCCAAGAAAAUCAAGUACUCCAAAAUAUAUUCCACAAGAUAAUACUGAAGUUCUUAAACUCUCUCCAGAGCUUCCAUAUGAACCAAUCUGGGAACGUGAGUUGACAAUGAAUGAUUGAAACAAGGAAAUUCAAUAUUAUAUCUCGGGAAAAGAACCGCAACUUACUGCAACUGUAGCAGCAUUUGUCGCAGCGCUGCGGCACUGCAACACAUGCGCCGGAGUUGCGCCCAUUUCCGCAACAGUUCACGCAACAGUUGCGAGUUUUGUCGCAACUCCGGCGCGUGUGUUGCAACAAAAAAAUGCUGCAGCGCUGCGACAAAUUGCCGCAGCGCUGCGACAAAUGCUGCCACAAUUGCGGUUCUUUUCCCGAGAUGUUAUUUUCAGAUGUGAAUUCUCCAGAUGUUUCUGAAGCCACUUCGAGUAUGAUUGCUCCACUCAACAUUGAUGAACGACGAGCAUCUCAUGUUGCAAAUGUUAAGAGAAAAUCUAAAUGA